AUGGACAAUAGCGUGGGUGGACAGGGUGCGCCAGGCGCUGGAGGCGCUACACCAGGUGCAUCUGAUAACACCCACAACAAUAAUAAUGCUAAUGGGAGCAACAUCGCCAAUGGUGGCACUAUACCCCGGCAGAGAGGUGCCUCUUACUCGUCCCAGCGGUCUAGGAAAGGGAGCAUACACCAGGAUCAGCCGUCGUGGUACAAACGCAUACUUGAGAAGUACGGCAGCUUGGAGCUGGAAAACAAAGGCAGCGUUGCCAGAGACCAUCUCGCCUUGGGGAUAGCAGUGACUCAGCUCUUCCGUCUCAACACCGCCAUCCAGCAGCUAGAUCCCUCGCAGAACAGUCCCAGCAAUCCGUCUGCUCUCCUAUCAGAACAUUACAGAGAAACGUCCAAGGGUCUCUACUUCACCAUCACAAGCAACAGCAGCCAACUGCGUGGUCUCGGAAAGCCGCUAGGCGCCACCUUUAUCGGGGUAGCUAUCCUCGUCCUCUUCAUCGGCUUCCACCGCUAUUUUGAGAGUCAGUACUGGGUGGUCAGAGGGAAGUUCCCUGCCAGCCGCGGCAGUAUAGCCCUGACUGCAUUUAUUACUGCGUCUCUCAUGGUCAGCAGUUUGGUCAUCAUCCUUACUAUAUCGCCGGUUACAUGCAUUUAUGCGGAGUUCAUCGAGUUCAUCUUCCCUUUCCUCCUCUUGUUGGAUAACUGGGAACAACAACGAAGGACCUCGUCACAUCACAUCUUGCUAUCCAUCAACCUACCUGGACCCCCGAAAAGCAAAAACAAAAAUUGCCAGCUUUGCUUAUCUGGUCAUCUGUCUGUUUUCGGUGUUUUGUUAGCGAGGCGUCAGGGUUUGGACUUCUUUUGCUUAUAUUUUUGCUUCUUUUACCCUGCAUUGUACAUCUACUUCCUGUUCUUGCUUUUCCUUCCGUUAUGCUCUUCUUCGAAUACCCCGCCUAUCACCGGCUUUGGUUCACUCUUUUUUUUUGUUCUUCUCUCCAUCUGUUGA